AGCCUACCGUCGACCAAAACCAACAGUAAACGCGUAUGGUACCUAUUUAUCCAAUAACAUAUCCAGGUUAUAUAUCAAAUUAACUGUGAUCCUUACUAUUUUCUUCACCUUCACAAGUCUAGGUACUCGUGUCAUUAUCAUCAUUGAGACUAACCCAUCUAUUUUGGUAUGCCCUGAGCUCCCAGGAAUAGCUAAAAUGCUUCCGCCCAAAAAUUAUACUUUUGACCGACCUGAACUCAAGUUGCAAACGGCGGGUGCACAUGUUCAGCGCCGGGCAGACAGACUUUUCGGAGCAGAACCGCCUCCACCGCCUAAUCCUGCUCAGGCCAAUUCAUCUACGCCCACAUAUCCGAAUGAAAGACCCGGACAGGUACUAUCUGAAAGAUAUGUUAAUCCUGCUCAGGCCGAUUCAUCUACGCCCACAUAUCCGAAUGAAAGACCCGGACGUUCCAGAUUUGGCAAAGGUACUUUGCAAAACGAUCUAGACCCGUAGCGUUCCGCCAUACGAGCGUUUGAAAACAACGAUCGUAGUGCUUUAGACCUCAAAAGGCACUUAAUUAAGCAGGAAAACGACCCAUCCUCGAAGCGCUACGGGGCAGAAAGGCAUCCAAAUGUGGCAAUCAUCUGAUUGCAAGACAAGCGAAUGCGUGACAUACUCCCGCCAAGAUGGGAAAUUGAGUCCUACAUACGUCGACUGGAUAUAUUCGUUUCCAACAUUUCGCGCUAAAAUCGAAUCCGCAAUUACCGAUUACCGCCUAGAAAAAUACUACCAGACAAAGGGAGAGACGGCCAGGAGUGUUUCCGAAUCACGCGGACAGCGAAUUACCCAGCCAUUCUGCGAGGAUGUAAUACAUCAAAAAGGCGUUAUGCUUUUGCGCUCUAAAGACGGCAGCGUAGCUUCGAUGAAGCACGUCCCACGUUUUGAUAUUGAUAGAUUUGGGUGGUUCAGAGAUGAGAAACAUGGUCAAAAGUUUUGUCGUUACAGUUUCGACGAUACCUUAGACGCCGUUUUCAAGGUCUCUAUGGAUGGCAGAGUCUUGGCACUGGCUGGGACUGUAUAGGAAGGACUAACAGCUACGAAUAUCUAGUUUUCUUACCAGGACUUACCUGUUUCCUAAAUUUCUUGCUCUAGUUUUCGGUCAUAUCGCUGGUUGAUAUGAAAUAUCAUGUUUUCAUAACAGGCACUUUUGAAGUAAUAGCCCCUGGAAAUCCCGGGCUAGAAGAAGCCAUGAGCGCAUAGUUAGCAA